AUGGACUCCCCAGAUUCUCUCGGGACCGUGCUUGUGACAGGCGGAUGCGGCCGAAUUGGCUCCAGACUUGUCAAAGCCCUCCUCUCAAACCCAACCUCCUCCGUCCACGUCGUGAGCCGAAAUCCAACUUCCAACCUCCACACCAAUGCAAAAUACCAUCCAGCAAAUCUCACCAACGCCGAACAAGUAGCAGCAGUCCUCCAGGAAGUGAAGCCAACAGUAAUCUUCCACUGUGCCUCACCUGACUACCUAGCGCCCGACAAGGAACUUUGGCACACCAACGUCAUCGGGACUCGAGUUCUGCUCCAAUGCGCCGCAAAAUGCUCAUCCGUCAAAGCACUCGUUUAUACAUCUUCAAACUCAGCUAUUGUCCCAGCUGCUCCAGGAGUUGUGCAAACGGAGGAAACCGCAAAGCUCCAGGACGAGCAUAGCAAGAUCGACAUGUACUCGAAGACGAAAGGUAUCGGCGACCGUGAAGUCCUCGCCGCGAACAACCCAAGUGAACUCCUCACAGCCGUCCUGCGCAUCCCAGUUCAUGUUCAGCUUGGGGAUGAUAAGCUGAAGUAUGAGUUCUGCUACGAUGGCAAGGUGGUAGAAGCACAUAUCCUUGCCGCGAAGGCAUUGCUUGGAGAACUCACUUCUAAACCUGCAACGAAGAAAGUUAACGGAGAAGCAUUCUUUAUUUCAGAUGGCAUUAGCAUGCCAUUUUUCGAAUUCGCAAGGAAAGUAUAUGCGUCGGCCGGUCAUCCUGUUGCGAAUGACGAGAUCAAGGUCAUGCCGCUGUGGUUUAUGGCUCAUUUGGGGACGAGGAAGCCGGAAUUGAGAAGGCUGGAUAUGGAUCAUUUCAAGAAAAGCGUCGCGUGGAAGAUUGGCAAGGCGAAGACUGUUCUCGGGUACGAACCCGUGACAGACCAAGAUGAGGUGUUGAAGAAGUGUGUUGAGAGUUGUAUGGUGCAUUGUGGUCUAAUCGUUGGCUCAGAGGUUCCUGUGGGAGCGAUAAAACAGCUGUGA